AAAGACAUCAAAAAUUGAAAAAAAUUUAGUGAUUAGAGCUAUCAACUACCUCCGAGGACAAUAAUAUAUACAGGGGACUACUUCGGAGAAGCAGUAACUUUCAUUUUUCUUUCUUUUGCAUUAAUAAUAUAUCAAACAUGGGAUUAGGAGACGAUUUAUUUAUUGGAAGACACGAAUGGAAAAAUAUUGAUAAAAAUCAAUUACCCAAAGAUAUUCCAGAAGUUGAUGAAGUUGGUGCUACUUCUGCACCUUUAUUAUCAGCAUCUUACUUCAUUGGUGCUAAAUGUAAACCUUAUAAUGAUGAUUUUAUGUUAUGUAAAGAUGAAAAAAAUGGUGGUACUCUUGAAUGUUUAAAAGAAGGUAGAAGAGUUACUAGAUGUGCAAUCAGUGUUUUAAAAGAUAUAAAUAAAUAUUGUUUUGAUGAAUUUAAAUUACAUUAUGAAUGUUUAGAACAAGAAAAUCAUAGAUUGGGUAAUUGCAGAAGUUCCGAAAAAUUAUUAAAUAAAUGUGUUUUCAAUAAUUUAAAAUUAGAAAAGAAAAUCCCUGGUGUUGAAAAUCAAAUUCAUUUAAAUGAAAAUCCAAUUUAUACUGGGUUUGGUAAAGAUAAAUCAAAUGUUCAAGAAUUCUUAAAAUCAAAACCUGAUUCAAGUGAAUCAAGUUAAUUGCAUUUCAAUCAUGUACUCUAUUCUAGAAAAAAUUAUAUACUUAACUUAUCUGGUAACUCAUCUGGUAACUCAUCUGGUAGGUUAUCUAUGAUUCUUCAUAAUUGUGAAUACAAUUUUAUUUAAUUUAUUUAAUUUAUUCCUUGUUAUAUACUUAAAUCCCCUUGAUCUAAAUCUUUAUGCUGAAUCGCCUGUAGUUCCGUGUCUUUUAUUGUUAUUC